AUGGCGAACGAUAGUAUCCAUAGGCAAGAGUUUCGGAUCCGCGAUCUGGCCACGCGGAGCGUCUUACUAUUUCCCACUCGCGCCCAGAUCAUUCGUGAUAUCAAGGAAAUCACGCUUCAACCAGGUCUCAAUCAAAUCGUCAUCGACGGGCUCGGUCCAACAGUCGAUGAGCACUCUAUCAAAGUCGAAGGAACGGGCUCCGCUACUAUUACCGAUGUCUCGGUUGAUUUCCUCCCAAAUCGAGAGCUUUAUGAGGACGUCUACCCGUCUGAUGACGACGAUGAGUAUGAAAACGACGAUGAAGAUGAAUCAGAGCCCGAGCAGGAAGCUAUGACGGCCAUAGCGAAGAAGAUCAAGCAAUUGAACGUUUCCCUACUUAAAGAACAGGAGAUUAUCAACUCGGCCGCAACACGCUUGUCCAUCUGUGACAAUUUUGGGAAAUCUUUUUCCAAAGACACACCUCCUCCUAGCGAGCUUGAAAAGAUGCUAGUCGCCUAUAAUGAUGAGCGUGCGAAGAUCUAUGAGGACCACGAAGCCGCCACUGAGGCAUCUGGGAAGGUUCGAAAGCAAAUUGAAAAGGCGGAAAAGGACAGGAAAAGGUUGGCCAAGGCUAUGGUGAAGGCCAACGAAAAGAUGGAGAAGCAGAAGGCCAAAGCCAAGAUGAAAGAAUUUCGCAAGAAGGCUGAAAUUGCCAAGGAGAAAUGGCGGAUCAAGGUUGAGCGAGAGUCCUUUUGGCCUAAGAAGGUGUAUCGGGUGACAAUCAACCUCGAACCAUCGUGUUUUACUCCAGGAUCGUCUCGACGAACCUCUUUAGAUGGUGACACCAUCGUCAAUCUCGCUACUUCCACCUUCCAUGAACAACCCGCUACGCCUCUAAAGUCCGACGAGAUCAACAUUUCGCUCUCCUAUAUCACCUAUUCUGCAUCCUGGUCCCCACGUUAUGAUCUCAGCCUGAAUACUGUAAACUGCUCCGGCUUGCUUGAGUAUGGCGCCGAACUGAAGAACUCCACCUCGGAAACCUGGAAAGAUGCAAAAGUCGUCCUUUCAACCUCCCAAACAAACUUUUCUGGACUCAGUGAGAAAAUACCAACCAUGCACUCAUGGCACGUCCGCCUUCUCAAAGGUUUCAAGGGCGGCAAUGCCGAUUCCGCCCUCAUGAGCCAACGCGAACUAGAAGCUAAACAAAAGGAAUGGAGUAACAGUAUAGAUCAAGCUCAGAAGCCGCGCUCGGAGGUUUUCGGCCGCGAUAACGUAGCCCAGAACUCAUUGGCACCCCCAAAGGCCAGUCAUUCGAGACCACCGCAGCCAGCCACGAGUCAUCCCUCAGGUGUCAUGUUCGGUUCUAGGCAAUCUCAGGCGGUUCCUGCAAAUUCAAGUGCGCUGUUCGGAAAUUCUGUGACUGCGGUGACUGAGCGCGGCGAGAGAUUAAAUUCAUUGGGCGCGGCCAAAUUCAGGAGUUCUCAUAUUGCCACGACCUCAGAAGAAUUGGGGUCAAAUAUUACGAAUGAGGAAUACUAUGAUGACGGCCCUGACUCACCUGCAAACAAUAGCCUGGCUUUCGAAGCAGGCGCGUGGGAAGAAUCAGGAAUGACAACCACAUACGACGUCCCAAGCCACAAGACGCUAUCUCCAAGUAAUUCAACCAUCAAGCACAAGAUUGCGAAGAUCGAGUUUAAGAAUAUCAUCUUCUCUCACAUCGUCAUUGGGAAACUUCGCCAGGUUGCAUUCCUAAAAGCCCGGCUACGAAACUCAUCUAAGAUCACGCUGCUCAAGGGUCCCCUGGGCCUCACUCUCGACAAUUCAUUCCUAGGCCAAGCAACAUUUCCGCGCUGUUCGGCCGGCGAAUCGUUCUCACUACCUCUUGGGGUUGACCCCUCCAUCCAGAUCACGUAUCCCAAGCCGACUGUGAGACGGAGUCAGACAGGAAUUUUUAGCAAGGAAGAAAGCAACAUUUUCGCUCGUUCCAUCGUAAUCAUGAACACGAAGCAUAACGCGCCUUGUGAGCUCACCGUCUUGGAUCAGGUUCCUGUCUCCGAGGACGAGCGACUCCGUAUCGAGAUCAUCAGCCCUCGUGGGCUGAAGAUCGGCGGUGAUCCGGUGCGUACAGGUGCUAGUGUACUUGCCGGCUUGCCACAAGCUUCUGUAAGUUCUAUUGUGAAGGGUAAUGCGAAGGGUAAUGUGAAGGAUGUUAGGGCCAGCGUUUAUGUGGGUGAUGGGAAAGAGGCACUUGCGACCCAAGGGAAAUGGGGAAUUGCAACUGCUACGACGAAAAAAGGUGGGGAAGUGUCUUGGAAUGUCAAGCUCAAUCCCGGACAGGGCGUCAAACUUUUGUUAGAAUAUGAAGCUGCAUUUCCCAAUGGGGAGAUGGUUGUUGGUGUCUCGGGGCAUAAUUAA